CCCGCGUGCGCACGAGCGCGGCUGCUCCUCGGUUCGCACGCCUCGCGGUGUUUAGCGCUCAAGCGCUGUCACAGUCUCUCCUCGCCCGCGGUAGAAUUCGCGUAGCCUCAAAAAGAGUUGCAAUUUUAUAAAAUAAACAUUUCUAAUAAUAACAGCAGCAGCAGUAGCAGCAGCAGCGACAAACCCGUUCGUGAUAGUUAUGCUCACGACGACAACGGAGAUGGUCUCGCUGGCGUGUAAAAGUUGUUCGCGGGAGCAAUGUUAGCGGCAAAGAUAUUUCUCGACGCCUGAGAUUAAACGCCAUCACCUGACACUACUGGCUGACGAGACAGACGCUUCGGUGGUCGUGGGGAUGUCGCGUAAAAUGGGGCUUUUGGAGAGGCUGUCGCUGCCUGCACUGCUCAUCUGCAUACCUCUCCUACUCUUCAUCUUGGGACUCACGGAUGCUGACAGCCCGCCUCACUUCACACGAACCCCGGUGGAUCAAAGUGGAGUGUCUAGCGGGGUGGCGGCGUUUGUGUGCAAGACAGCAGGUGAUCCACGGCCCCGCAUCACCUGGAUGAAGAAGGGCAAGAGGGUGAGCUCACAGAGGUUUGAGGUGACGGAGUUUGAGGAUGGUUCAGGCUCCGUGCUCCGGAUUCAGCCACUGAGAACCCCUCGCGACGAAGGGGAGUACGAGUGUACAGCGUCCAACGGGGUCGGAGUGGCAACAGCCUCUGCCACACUCACCGUCUACAGAGAGGACCAACUACCGAUGGGCUUUCCUGUAAUUGACAAUGGCCCUGUGCUGCGUGUGGUGGAGCGUACCCGCCUGGCCACCAUGCUGUGUGUUGUGAGUGGAACACCAGACCCGGAGAUCACGUGGUACAAGGAUUUGCUGCCCGUCGACACCGGCUAUAACCAAGGCCGCAUCAAGCAGCUUCGCUCUGAGUCUUUUGGCAGUACUCCAAUACGAGGGGCCCUACAAAUUGAGAACAGCCAGGAUUCGGACCAAGGCAAAUACGAGUGUGUGGCUACAAACAGUGUGGGUACACGCUUCUCUGCGCCAGCCAAGCUCUUCGUUAAAGGACUCCGAAAAGUGCGAACCAUCCCCCCUCGCUUCACCAUCGUCCCAACCAACCAGGAGGUGGUGCCUGGCGGUAGCAUCAACAUCACCUGUGUGGCCAUGGGCUCCCCCAUGCCCUUCGUCAAGUGGAUGCUUGGCACGCAGGCUCUGACCCCAGCCGAUGAGAUGCCUAUCGGACUGAACAUGCUGCAGCUCACGGACGUGAGGAGCAGCAACAACUACACGUGUGUGGCCAUGUCCUCGCUGGGAGUCAUCGAGGCUGUGGUGCAGGUAGCCGUGAAGGCCUUACCACGGCCUCCCGGGACUCCCCUCGUCACGGAGACCACGGCCACGAGUAUCACCCUCACGUGGGACUCGGGCAAUGUUGACCCUGUGCUGCACUACGUGCUGCUACUGAAGGCCCGGCCCGGCCACAGCAACAACAACAACAACAAUGACAAUGCCAACAACGACAGCAGCAAUGAGGAGAAGGAGGAUGAGGAGGAAUUCAGCAACAGCAGCGGAGGAGGAGGUGGUGGCGGCGCUCCCUCCAUGCAGGAGAUUGGACCGGUGACCACGACGCGAUACACGGUGGGGGGGCUGAGCCCUUACUCGGACUACGAGGUGCGCGUGGUGGCCGUGAAUGGCGUGGGGCGCAGCGCACUGAGUGGGGCGGCCCGCGCCCGCACAGGCGAGCGGGCGCCGUCCACGGCGCCGUGGGGCCUGCACGGGCGCAUGGUGUCGCCGUCCAACGCGCUGCUCCAGUGGCAGGAGCCGGCCGAGCCCAACGGGCAGAUCCGGGGAUACCGUGUCUACUCCGCCAAGCUCACGGCGGCAGGCACACGGGGCCCCGUGGUGACACCACCGCUGUCGUCGUGGAUGAAGCGGAGUGUGGAGAACGUGCCGCUGGCCACGUUGUCGGGGCUGGAGGAGGGGGCUCUGUACGCCGUGCGGGUCCUCGCUUUCACCAACGUUGGGGACGGGCCCCUCUCCCCAGAGAUACACAUCAUCGCACAGUUCGGAGUGCCGAGUCAACCAAUCAGCUUCAAAGCAGAGGCCGAGUCGGACACAAGCAUGUUACUCUCAUGGCUGCCACCGCGUCAGGAGAAUAUCCUGAAGUAUGAGCUUCUGUACAGAGAGGGAGACACAGGGCCUGAGCGCCGGCUCUCCCUUGACCCUACCGUGAACCAUGUCCUGGAGGGCCUGAGGGAGAACUCCCUCUACUCAUUCCGUCUCGCUGGACGCUCCUUGCACGGCCUGGGCCCCUACAGCCCCACUGUUACUGCACGCACACUUCCCACACUUGCGAGCGGAACUCCUCGGCGGGUGGAAGCCGAGGCUGUGAACGCGUCGGCUGUAAUGGUGCGGUGGAGAUUGCCACCAUCAACAUCAUUAUCAACAUCGUCAUCGUCGUCGUCAUCCCCUCCUCCACUUCCACACCCCUUGUUCCGCGUGCGAUGGUGGCGGUCGGAUUCGGCACAAGGAAGACAGGAGACCCAGUCACCGGACAUCAUAGGGCAGUGGGAGAGUGAUGACACAUCAGAAUACGAGUUUCUCAUUGGGGGCUUGCAGCCCGAGACCUCCUACUCCUUGACUGUGAGGUCCCUACUUCCGCGAGGGGAGAUUGCUGAGAGCCUGCCGAAGACGGUCAAGACAAAGGCUGCAGUUCCCAGCAAACCCCACGUCAAGGUGACAGUCAUGGAGGGCACAGUGGCGCUGGUUGAGUGGGAAGAGCCAGAAGUGACAUUUGGGCCUCUCUUGGACUACAGACUCACUUACAAACGCAUGGAUGCAGCCACUCAAGCGUCCACCCUGUACCUCGCGGUGUCCGAGUCUAGUGUCACUGUGCGCAACCUGCAUCGCGGGGCCUCCUACUCGUUUGUCAUGGUGGCACGGAGUGUGGGCGGGGUGAGCGGAGGCAGUCUCUUGGGCGAGGAGGCGGUGAUUACAGUGGUAACGCCCGAGGCUCCGCCGUCAGCUCCGCCGUUGAACGUGAGUGUGGGGCGCAUGGGCCGCUCGGCGGCCGCGCUCCAUUGGGAGCCUCCACCCCUGGACUCUCGCAAUGGAGUGAUCGUAAGGUAUACGGUGCUUUACCGAGCCCUGCCCAUUGGAGGAGUAGGACAUCGUGAGGGUACAGGAGCAGAGAGAGCAGAAGGAAGUAUUGCUGGAGAUGGAAGAGGAAAAGGAGAUUACAAAGCAGGUGGAGUUUCUCAACGUGGUGGAAGAGGUACUAGAGGUACAAUUUCUGAAGGUGGAAGAGGUCCUGCAAGUGGAGGUGAACGAGGAGGUCAUGAAGGUGGAGGAAGAGGUUCUGCAGGAGUAGGUAGAGGAGUUCCUGGGGGUCCAGGCAGUGGAGGCCCUGGUGUUGGAGGAUCCGGUGGAGAUUCUGAAGAAGGAGGAGAUGUUGCGGCGGAGUCCUGGGAUGGGGAGCUUCAUGUCGUCGGUGAUACCACAGCCGUGGUGCUGAGCGGCCUCCAGCCAAACCGGAGCUACGAGGCGCGAGUGAGGGCACACACCGAGGCUGGGCCGGGGCCCCUCAGCGAUGCCGUGCACUUUCGGACACUCUCCAAUGAAGGUGCAGGCGGAUUUGCCAUGAAUUUCCGCAUUAAAGCCAUGAUGCCGACAUCAGUCCUGCUGUCCUGGGAGGUCCCUGAUUCUCCAGGGUCAAACGAACGACUACAGAUCGUGUACAGGGGUGGCCACAGCAUGGAAGUGGAUGCAAUGAGGAGCCACCAGCUCGUAGUCGGGCUGGAGGCUGAUUCACUCUACUCAUUCAUGCUCAACGCAGGCCCCAAUGGGGGCCUCCUGCAGGUGGUGAGUGUUCACACGGUGCCCCAAGUACAUUGGUCUGAGCCUGGGGAGCUAAUUGGAGAAACGGGAGGAGACGCGAAUGGUGAUAUGAGGGAACAUGGACUCGACCCAACCCUUGUGCCCCUGCCACAGCUGCUGGGAGACCUCAGGGUUCGCAUGUACCUCAUUGUGGUGGUGCCUCUAUACAACCUGGAAGAGCAGCCCAUUGCCUGGGUCUCCCCAAACAACAUGGACUUUGAAGAGAUCCUGGACAUGGAGGCAACCAGCCUGCAUCUCACGCGGCUGCAGCGGAUGUCUCUGCGUGCCAGCGAGCACCAGUUCGUGGCGGCGCACAUGGAGCGGCUCCAGCGGCCAUUUGUGGUGGCGCGGUUGGAGCAUCUCCCGCCCACGUUCCCGAUUGGAGACGGGCACAGUCGGCGUCUGCAGCCAGGGCUCGCUUACCGAGUGUGCGUGCUGGCGCUGCUGCACGCACCUGCACAGCAGGCGAGCGUGUAUGUGAGCAGUCCGUGCUCUCCACCUGUUCUUCUGGAGGCACAGCCUGUGAUUGGCGAGGACGAGGGUCUUGUAUGGGUGGUAGGACCCGUACUAGCGACCAUCAUCAUAAUUGUCAUCGUCAUCGCCAUCCUUCUCUACAAGAGCAAGCCGGACAGGUCUAAGCGGGAGGCUGAGGUUAAAGGCUGCCUCCCGGCACCCAGCAAAGACACAGGGCACAGCGGCAGUGCCGACCCAGUUCAAAUGCGUCGGCUUAACCACCAGACCCCUGGCAUGGAGAUGCAUCCGCCUAUCCCAGUGUCAGAAUUUGCGGGUCACGUGGAGCGACUGAAGGCCAAUGACAACAUGCUCUUCUCACAGGAGUAUGAGUCUAUAGACCCAGGUCAGCAGUUUACGUGGGACCACUCCAACUUGGAGAUCAACAAACAUAAGAACCGAUACGCGAACGUGGUCGCCUACGACCACUCGCGCGUCAUUUUGCACACCAUUGACGGUGUCCCAGGCAGUGACUACAUCAACGCCAAUUACAUUGACGGCUACCGGAGGCACAACGCAUACAUAGCAUCACAGGGUCCCCUCGCGGACACGGUCGCGGACUUCUGGAGGAUGGUGUGGGAGCAGCGGAGCUCCACCAUCGUCAUGAUGACAAAGCUGGAGGAGCGUGCACGGGUGAAGUGUGAUCAGUAUUGGCCCAACCGGGGCUCCGAGUCAUAUGGGCUCGUGCAAGUCACACUCACGGACACAGUGGAGCUGGCAACAUACAGCACACGCUCCUUCACUCUCACGCGGUCUGGCUGUACGGAGCGCCGGGACGUGCGGCAAUUUCAGUUCACGGCGUGGCCGGACCACGGCGUUCCCGAGUUCCCGACCCCCGUGCUCGCUUUCCUGCGCCGCGUGCGCGCCGCUUGGGGGAGCUCCGCUGACGGAGGCCCCCUCAUCGUGCACUGCAGUGCGGGUGUGGGUCGCACGGGCUGCCUCAUCGUCAUCGACGCUGCGCUCGAGAGGGUGAAGCACGAACACACGGUCGAUGUGUAUGGACAGGUGACUUGCAUGCGAGCCCAGCGUAACUACAUGGUGCAGACGGAGGAGCAGUACGCGUUUGUGCACACGGCGCUGGUGGAGGCGGUGUCGAGUGGUUGCACGGAGACGCCCGCCCGCUCCCUGCACGCUCACCUUCAGCGGCUGAGCCAGAGCGUCUCACACACGGAGCCACGCACCACAGGGCUCCACCUCGAGUUCCAGCGCCUGCAGAUGUCGAAGCUGCGGGUGAGCACAGCGCCGUCGGGGGCACUGCCGUGCAACAAGCUCAAGAAUCGCCUGCUCACAGUGAUCCCGCCUGACAGCAGCCGGGUGGCGCUGCAGGCAAUCCGGGGCACCCAGGGAUCUGACUACAUCAACGCCAGCUACAUCGAUGGAUACCGGCAGCAGAGGGCCUACAUCGCAACACAAGGGCCCCUUCCAGAGACCACAGAGGACUUGUGGAGAAUGCUUUGGGAGCAAAAUUCAACGAUCGUUGUGAUGCUGACCAAGCUGAGAGAGAUGGGGCGGGAGAAGUGUCACCAGUACUGGCCAGCUGAACGCUCUGCUCGUUAUCAGUAUUUUGUGGUUGAUCCCAUGGCCGAGUACAAGAUGCCUCAAUACGUAUUGAGAGAGUUUAAGGUCACAGAUGCAAGGGACGGGCAGUCUCGCACCGUCCGUCAGUUCCAGUUCACGGAUUGGCCGGAGCAGGGCGUGCCCCGGUCUGGGGAGGGGUUCAUCGACUUCAUAGGGCAGGUGCACAAGACCAAGGAGCAGUUUGGACAGGAGGGGCCAAUAACAGUGCACUGCAGUGCUGGUGUGGGCCGCACAGGCGUCUUCAUCGCCCUGAGCGUAGUGUUGGAGCGCAUGCGUUACGAAGGGCUCCUCGACCUCUUCCAGACAGUGAAGAUGAUGAGGACACAGAGGCCGGGCAUGGUGCAGACGGAGGAUCAGUACCAAUUCUGUUACCGUGCUGCCCUUGAAUAUCUGGGAAGUUUUGAUCACUACACCGUGUAGUCAGUCACAAACACACAAACAGCAUGACGCAAUUAUACACACGCUCAAAAAUUACACACAUAAGUCAAACAUGUAGACACACGCACGUGUUCUACAUACGCACACACGCAAUACACAAGUACAAAUAAAUACGCUUGCGUAACAAUUCUAAUCGCUGACAUUCAUAAUUUAGUGGCAAUGAUGUCACCAUGGCACUUGUGUCAGUCUAAUUGUACUUUGAGGCCACGUGAAGUGACCAUUUCUCGAGCAGAUCACCACACAGACCCAUAUGAUAUGGGCUAACUGGCUAUGGUGGAUGACAGAUGCACCAUCUGUACUCCUCGCAAAGUCAGCUUGUAUUGUUGCUGGAGGUUAGCUGCUGACACUGCCCAGUAGCAUCUUUUCCAAACUCCCUCCAAGUCUACUCAGCUCCCAGAAUGAACUGUGGGCAGGCCAGACUAAAUGUUUUAAGCCAGCGCAGGUGUUUCUGCGAAAAGGAGACGGGGCAUAAUUGUGGCCGAGAAAUCCCGAAGCCUUGUGUGGAGCAACAUGCCCAGAGAGCUUACACACAUUGUUACAAGUGUUUGAUGACACAAAGUCCCCGAGUGGGAGUAUUGUUUCGGUGACACUGAUGGUGAGGCCACACCUGUUAUAUUCAUCUCCAGGUUUAGUUUUAAGGUCUCUACUUCUUUAUAUUCUCAAAAUGGACAGCAAUAAUGAGGUCAUCGGCUUACAUAACACAGUUAACCAGAAGGAAGGCAACCCUCGUCAUGAUAACACCAAGGCAUACAUCAGUCUCCCACGGCAUCUGCACCAGAUGAAAAUCUCACUGGUACUACAUUGGAAGGCAUUCAAACUACACUAUCAAAAAGGUGUAAAAUAGUGUGGGGGCCAGAGGAGAGCUCCGUUGCAACCUCGUGCACAGGAAAUAACUCUGGCUCUUGGCCAUGUAGCUUCGUCUGAGCCUGCCCAAAAUCACGAGGUCUGUAAUGAUUGUGAGCAGGUGGUCAGGGGACCCGGAAAUCACACAAGCAAAAAUAUACGCAUAUACGUACGCAUAUAAAUAUAUAUGUGAACAUGCUCACACAUAAUAAGCUCGAAAAACACCCACCCACUAACCGACUGACACACUUAAACUCAGCAACUAACCCACACUCAACCUCUCACACUUAACCAUGCCUUCACUCGUUCACCUACCGACCACUCAAUCACCCACCACUCGCCCAGUUACCAACUGCCUUUUCUAUUUACCCACUUACAUAAUCACCCAACCAAUUGUGCACUCAAAUAGCCACUCACACUUCAGAGCAAUGAUUUGAUUGCUCCAUUGCAGACUGUGUGCACUCCGCUUCCAGACGCCAUCGUAGACUGUAUGCUUAGGGGCCAUCCCUUUAGUACGUACGCAUGGAGGGGGGGGGGGGGUUAACCCAAAUGCGUGCGCUUGCGUAAUGGGGGUCUA